AACAUUUCUGAAGCAGCUCUUGCAGGCGGAUCAGCAGAAUAAAAACAGUUAAAGCUGAGGGGGAUCUGCGCUCAGAGAUCCUCGGUAGCCCCAGCAGCAGCAGCAGCAGCAGCAGGACGUUAUUUCAUCUGCGCUCACUGACUUUACUCGGUGACAAAAGUUGUAAAUGCGCCUGACCGACGGAAAUGCUUGCAGGAUUGACCAGCUGUGUGGGAACGGGAAGCGGUUCCGUUUUUGCCGAAGUGUCAAAGGUCUGAUCUGAUCCUACCUGGAGCAACUCCUCCGGUUUCACUGCAGGACACCACUGCGUCAGCAACAGCUGUCCUGCAGCCCCGCGCAGGCUGCCAGAGGGGGAGAAUUACGCCCUCAGCGUAAGGCUUGACGGGAGACUUGAUCUUUAUUUUUUUUUUUCAAGUUUCUUGGAUUCUGGGGAAAUAUUUGCUUUGCUGUGCAAGCUCCUUCUAAGGAAACCCCGGUGUGGCGGUAUCCCUUCGCGAUGCGAAGAUGGCGACCCUGCUCCCUCCCCCAGGCACCAAUGCGUUCCGCCCCUUCACCCAGGAAUCACUGGCGGAGAUCGAGAGGCUCGAGGAGGAAAGAAAAAAGGCCGCAGCAGUAGAGGGCUAUGAGGAGGACGAGUCGACAGCCCCACACGCUGAUCUGGAGGCGGGCAAGAGUCUGCCCAUGAUCUACGGAGACCCUCCAUCAGAGCUGCUCAACACACCUCUGGAGGACCUGGACCCGUUCUACAAAGCACAGAAAACAUUCAUUGUGAUCACCAAAGGAAACACAAUCUUCAGGUUCAAUGCUGAACCGGCUUGCUACAUUCUGAGCCCCUUUAGUUUGGUUAGGAGAGGAGCCAUCAAAAUUCUCAUACAUUCAUUAUUUAGCAUGUUCAUCAUGAUUACAAUUCUAGCGAAUUGUGUAUUCAUGACGAUGAGCAACCCACCAGCAUGGAGUAAAACUGUCGAGUAUGUUUUUACUGGUAUCUAUACCUUUGAGGCAACAGUCAAAGUGUUGUCUAGAGGUUUCUGUGUUGGAUCUUUUACAUUCCUUCGAGAUCCAUGGAAUUGGCUGGAUUUCAUGGUGAUCAGCAUGGCAUACAUCACUGAGUUUGUUGACCUUGGCAAUGUGUCAGCCCUCAGGACAUUUCGUGUACUUCGAGCCCUUAAAACAAUUACUGUGAUUCCUGGUUUGAAAACCAUCGUUGCCGCUUUGAUCCAGUCAGUGAAGAAAAUGGUGGACGUCAUGAUUCUGACCGUCUUUGCUCUUGCUGUUUUUGCCCUCGUUGGCCUUCAGCUUUUUAUGGGAAAUCUGCGUCAGAAAUGUGUGCGAUGGCCCAUCGACACAAAUGAAACUGCAUUUGAAUUCUUUAACGCCACCGACACAUUUAAUGACACUAUGUCCUUCAACAACACCAUGGGGUUCAAUGAUACAGCAUAUUCCAACAGUACCUUCAACUUCAUUGAAUAUAUUGAAAACACGGUUAAUCACUAUUAUUUAGAAGGCAGCCCAGAUGCUCUACUUUGUGGAAACAGCUCUGAUGCUGGAAAGUGCCCAGAAGGAUACACAUGCAUGAAGGCUGGGAGGAACCCCAACUUUGGCUACACCAGUUUUGACUCUUUUGGCUGGUCCUUCCUGGCCCUCUUCAGACUCAUGACCCAGGACUACUGGGAGAAUCUUUUCCAGCUGAUCCUGCGGGCGGCUGGUAAGACAUACAUGCUUUUCUUUGUGGUGAUUAUAUUUCUGGGCUCCUUCUACCUCAUCAACCUCAUCCUGGCUGUGGUAGCCAUGGCUUAUGAUGAACAGAAUCAGGCAACUCAGCGAGAGGCCAUAGAGAAAGAGGAGGAGUUCCAGCGGCUACUAGAGCAACUCAAGAAUCAGGAACAGGCUCAGCUUCUAGGGAGCCGAGCCACUCUGACCAGUAAGAAGUCGCUUAGUCAUCACAGCACAUCUGAGUUGGCUGAUGACGAACUGAGCCUUGAACAUGAUGAAAUUGUCAAGGAUUGUAAUGGGAGACUCAUACCCCGUCUGAUGAUCAGAGCACCCACCAUGAUCAAGUCUGCUGCAGAUUAUGAACUCAGAGAGAAGUCAGUUGGCUCCGUGCACAGCAUGCUCCAUCUGGACGAACCAGGCCUGACACACAGAACUGCUAGUGCUUUGACUGUGCUCACUACAGCUGCUAUGGAAGAGUUGGAGGAUGCUCAGAGGCCGUGCCCCCCCGGCUGGUACAAAUUUGCCGACACGUUCCUGAAGUGGGACUGCUGCGAGCAAUGGGUGAUCUUUAAAAAGUGGGUGCUCUUUGUGGUGAUGGACCCUUUCGUCGACUUGGCCAUCACCAUCUGCAUCGUGCUCAACACCCUCUUCAUGGCCAUGGAGCACUACCCCAUGACCCCGGAGUUUGACUACAUGCUCUCCGUGGGGAAUCUGGUUUUCACCGGGAUCUUCACAGCGGAAAUGUUCUUCAAGCUUAUUGCCAUGGAUCCCUACUACUACUUUCAAGUUGGAUGGAACAUUUUCGACAGCAUCAUUGUCACUCUCAGUCUGGUGGAGUUGGGGCUGGCAAAUGUCCAGGGUCUGUCUGUCCUCAGGUCCUUCCGUCUGCUUCGUGUCUUCAAACUAGCCAAGUCCUGGCCCACGCUCAACAUGCUGAUCAAGAUUAUUGGUAACUCAGUAGGAGCUUUAGGAAACCUGACUUUGGUGCUGGCCAUCAUCGUCUUCAUCUUUGCCGUAGUGGGUAUGCAGCUCUUUGGCAAGAGCUACAAAGACUGCGUGUGCAAGAUCUCCAUAGACUGCGAGCUGCCACGUUGGCACAUGAACGACUUCUUCCACUCAUUCCUCAUCGUGUUCCGCAUCCUGUGUGGGGAGUGGAUCGAGACCAUGUGGGACUGCAUGGAGGUGGCCGGAGCUGGGAUGUGUUUAGUGGUCUUCAUGAUGGUCAUGGUCAUUGGAAAUCUGGUGGUGUUGAACCUCUUCCUGGCCUUGCUGCUCAGCUCGUUCAGCGGAGACAACCUCUCAGCAGGGGACGAUGACGGGGAGAUGAACAAUCUCCAGAUUGCCAUUGGCAGGAUCACACGGGGCAUCGACUGGUUCAAAGCGUUCAUCGUUCGAACGGUCCUGCAGAUUCUCAGCAGAGAGCCCAAGGAGUCUGAGGAGAAGCCUGAUGAGGACCCGGUGGACGAUGGGGACCCUAAAACGGAGGGAAUUGAAAUGAACCACUUGGACACCAGUCAGAAUUUAAAAAUGGCAGAUGGGAUAGCUAAUUGUUUGGUUGAAGGCCGGCCUUCUGGAUUUAUUGUGGAUGGAGAGUUCAGUCUCAAUGUGCCAAUCGCCCUGGGAGAGUCAGACUUUGAAAACUUGGGCGAGGACGAUGACGAUGACGAAGAUGAUGCUGACAAUGCUGACUCAGAGAAUACAGAUGAGAAAAAUAAUCAACAUUACUCGGGAAACGUAGAAGAUGAAAUUAGUAUGCCGGGAAAUGUCAAACUGAUGGGUGCUUUGAAUGAUGGGGAUUCUUCAGUGUGUAGCACAGUGGACUAUCAACCACCUGAGCCUGAACCAGAAGAAGUAGAGGAAGAAGAGCCAGACCCAGUAGAGCCAGAGGCCUGCUUCACUGACAACUGUGUGAAGCGCUGGCCAUGUCUGACUGCGGACAUCACCCAAGGUAAAGGCAAGAAAUGGUGGAACCUCCGUAGGACUUGCUUCACUAUUGUGGAGCAUGACUGGUUUGAAACCUUCAUAAUUUUUAUGAUCCUCCUCAGCAGUGGAGCUCUGGCCUUUGAAGACAUAUACAUAGAAAGACGCCGAACCAUCAAAAUUAUUCUGGAGUAUGCUGACAAAGUUUUCACCUACAUCUUUAUCAUUGAGAUGCUCCUUAAAUGGGUCGCAUAUGGCUUCAAGACCUACUUCACCAACGCCUGGUGUUGGUUAGACUUUUUCAUUGUAGAUAUUUCCCUGAUUAGUUUGUGUGCCAACUGGAUGGGCUACUCCGAGCUCGGACCAAUCAAAUCCCUCAGAACUCUCAGGGCACUGAGGCCUCUUCGAGCACUGUCGAGAUUUGAAGGGAUGAGGGUGGUGGUGAACGCUCUUGUUGGAGCAAUUCCCUCCAUCUUCAACGUACUUCUGGUGUGUCUGAUAUUCUGGCUCAUCUUCAGCAUCAUGGGAGUCAACCUGUUUGCUGGGAAGUUCUACCGCUGCAUCAACACCACCACGGAGGAGCUUUUCCCCAUGUCUGAGGUCAACAACAGGAGCGACUGCAUGGCCAUCAAAGAAGCCACGCAGGAGGCCCGCUGGGUCAACGUCAAAGUCAACUAUGACAACGUGGGAAAAGGCUACCUGUCCCUGCUUCAAAUCGCAACUUUUAAAGGCUGGAUGGACAUCAUGUAUGCUGCCGUUGACUCAAGAGAGGUAGAGGAGCAACCUUCUUACGAGAUCAACCUCUACAUGUACAUAUACUUUGUCAUCUUCAUCAUCUUUGGCUCUUUCUUCACACUCAACCUCUUCAUUGGUGUCAUUAUAGACAAUUUCAACCAACAAAAGAAAAAGUUUGGAGAUGAGAUCUUCAUGACUGAGGAACAAAAAAAGUACUACGAUGCCAUGAAGAAACUUGGUUCCAAGAAGCCACAGAAGCCAAUUCCACGUCCAACUAACCUAAUCCAGGGAAUGGUGUUUGACUUCAUCAGUCAGCAGUUCUUUGACAUCUUCAUCAUGGUGCUCAUCUGCCUCAAUAUGGUCACCAUGAUGGUGGAGACGGACAACCAAAGUGCAGAGAAGGAAGAUUUCCUCUUUAAAGUAAACGUGUCUUUCAUUGUUGUCUUCACUGGAGAGUGUGUGUUGAAGCUUUUUGCCCUGCGACACUACUUCUUCACCAAUGGAUGGAACAUUUUUGAUUUUGUUGUGGUCAUCUUGUCCAUAGCUGGUACGAUGCUCUCAGACAUAAUCGAGAAGUACUUUGUGUCACCAACUCUGUUCAGAGUGAUCAGACUGGCCAGAAUAGGAAGGAUUCUGCGUCUUAUUAAAGGAGCCAAGGGCAUUCGGACGCUUCUCUUCGCUCUAAUGAUGUCACUUCCUGCCCUAUUCAAUAUUGGUCUCCUGCUCUUCCUCAUUAUGUUCAUCUUCUCCAUAUUUGGCAUGUCAAACUUUGCCUAUGUCAAAAAGGAGGCUGGAAUUGAUGACAUAUUUAAUUUUGAGACCUUUGGUGGUAGCAUUAUCUGCCUGUUUGAGAUUACAACCUCAGCUGGCUGGGAUGGGCUUUUACUUCCAAUGCUGAACAAGGAGGCUCCAGACUGUGAUCCAGACUUUGAGAACCCAGGCACCGAUGUAAAGGGCAACUGCGGCAACCCGGGCAUGAGCAUGAUCUUCUUCUGCAGCUACAUCAUCAUCUCGUUCUUGGUGGUGGUCAACAUGUAUAUCGCCAUCAUCUUAGAGAACUUCAAUGUGGCGCAGGAGGAGAGUGGCGAUGCGCUCUGUGAGGAAGACUUUGAGAUGUUCAAUGAGACUUGGGAGAAGUUUGACAUAGAUGGAACUCAGUUCAUUGAGUAUAGCCAGCUCUCAGAUUUUUGUGAUACCUUGCAGGAGCCGCUGAGGGUUGCCAAGCCCAACCGGCUUCACCUGAUUGAAAUGGAUCUUCCCCUGGUUAUUGGGAACAGGAUCCACUGCCUGGACGUCUUAUUGGCCGUCACACAGAUGGUCCUGGGAGACACAGUGGAGAUGGCAGCAAUGCGGGAGAGCAUUGAGGCUAAGUUCAUCCUCAGCAACCCCACCUCAGACUCCUUUGCACCGAUCACCACAACGGUACGCCACAAGGAAGAGCAGAUGGCUGCUGUAGUCAUUCAGAGGGCUUACCGCAAUCACCUGCUGAAACGCUGCAUACGCCACGCCGCUUUUAUUCACCGCUGUAAGAGGAUGGGUAGAAAGGAUGAAGGUGAACCACCAGAAAAAGAGGGAAUGCUUGCACGAAGGAUGGGAGUGCUCUAUGGGAGCAAUGUGGACCUCGCAGAGGAGAUGGAGCGGGUUGCUUUAGAAACUCUAGCAAGCCAACAGCCUCCUACUCCCGAGACACUGUCGCAGUACACAGGGGCCCAGUGUGAUCCCGAACCCUCUGAGCCAAAUAUCAUGGUAGUACCUGUAGAAAUUACUAAUGAGGUUUUAUUACAUUCUGCUCCCAGCCAACACCUCUUGACCCUACAUGCAAACCUGAGAGAGUCAAUUGUAUAGCAAACAGCAGAAGACAAUUAACAAUUAAUUAUGUCCUCUUGUUGUUUGUCACCAGUCAAGGAAGUAGUGUUAGCAGUUGAUAGAAAGUCUCACUAAUGGAGCUGAAUUUUCCACAUUAGAAGAAGAGGUUACACAGUGUUAAUGAAUGUUUAAUAAUUCCUCUUUUUCAUGCAAUAUUUAAGUGUCUUUUUGGGUUCAAAGUGGAACUGGAGUGCACGGUUUUUUCUGAUAAUAACCAGUAAUUGCUAUAUAGACAUCAGUAAAUAUAACAAUUAAUGCUACAUGGGAAGGGAGUAAAAAACUAUAUGAACAGUUUAAUAGUUGAUUAAGAAUUAAUGUGGCUAUAAAAAUAUUCAAUUACCACUUGUAAGUCCCUCUUUUCUGUAAUGCAUUUUCUUUCUAUGUUGCUGGGGUUAAAUGGUACUUUAAUUGACGUUUCCAAAUUUUAGGACAAUAUUAUUAUUAUUAUGAUUUCUCAGCUAAAUGCAACUGGCUAUAGAAAACUGCAACAAAAUCAUUUGAGUGUGAAACAGAUCUGUGAUAUGAUAGCUUUCUAGUGAAAAAUCAAUCUUAAAAUGUAAGCUCUGAAAAAUCCUAAACAAAUUGGCCAAAACUGCUCAAAUGGCGGAUGUCAACAUUGGAUUUUCUGGUGGAUUUUAAUGCACCCUGUGGGUGAGGGCUUCAUCUGAGUAAUAACUUUGCUUUUAAUAUAUUACCAGAAAACUAAACUGUGGGCUCCAGUUUCUACCCAAAGAGUAACAUGAACAAUACAUGGCACCUGAAUUACUCUUUAUAGGAUUAUAAGAUAUUUUGGCUUCCCCCUGAUAUGCAGCACUAUUGUCCAACUCUACAGAGAGCAAUAAUUGAAAAGUAUUAGGCACACAACACUACUUCAUCAUGAGAGCCACACUGAAAUUGUACUAUUUCAUGGCUAACAAUUGUCACUUCAUUUGUUUUCAUUUGUAAAAAAUCAAGUCGAUAUGAGGGCUCUAUAUGCUAAUUAGUUAGAGUUUUGACUGAAUUAAUAACUGAAAAAUAAGGCUUAUCUUAUUCACAUUUGUCCAAGCCUACCAGUGAAACCCUGAUCUCUCUUUAUUAGUGAACAACAAUAACACGGGCCAGCUAAUGCAGUUAACAUCUGUCCCUGAGUGGCUCUUUCAGAAAGACCCAGUUUAUAUUGCACUAUUUAUAUCCCUUCCAGGUCAAGUUAGAGAAGUUGUGUAAGACACAGACCUUCCUGUUUUCUAUGAUGACUUCAUCACUGAUAUAUGCAUGUCUCAUGAAUGUUUUGUCUAUUGUUUCUAAUAUUUGGUCCCCUCACAAAGAUCUCAAAACUCAAAGCAAGCCGUCACUUAUUUUUCUAUUUGGUCGGUUUACAUCUCAGCAUUUAGGUUCAAACGCUGUCUGUGACUGUAUACUUAAUAUGUGAUGUUUACAUUAACAUGGUUGCGUAACAGAACUGCUCAGCUCCCUGUUCAUUUCACCUGUUUUCUAUAUGUGUCUAUUAAAUAACACUAAUUAUAGCAGUAAUCAUGUACUUUUGUACUUCCUGUACAUUUUAAAUGAAGUUUUGCCUCAGGUUGGAUGAAGUUCAGAGUUUGUCUUUUGACUUAAUCUUAAUUUAAUCUGAAAUUCUGAAACAUACACAUAGCCGAACGCUGGUUUAGUUAAAUACAUGACCCUGAAAUUAAAGAAAUACCCCACUAAUGUGUAGAUAAUUAUACCUAUUUACAAUAAAACGGGGAAAAAAUUGAAAUAAUCUUUAUGCGCAGUGGAUCUAGUCACCUCCAGUCUGUCCUCAUGUAGAAAGGUAGGUUGCUGUUGUGUAAGUCUUAACUGAAUUAAACAUGUCUUACUCUGAAUAUACACAAACAACAUAAGCACUUUUACAGUUUUCUAGUUUGUUUUUUUUACAAUAGAUUAUAGAGGGUUGUCUCUUCUCGUUUGUGUUCAGCACUGUUUUAACAUCAACCCUGGGGGAUAAAAAAAAAUCAUGAAUGUUUCCUCUAAGAGGGGUAUCUUUGUCUUAUCUUGCUGCCGCAGCUUGGCAGUUGUUCCUGUCAGAAGUCUGUAAUGUGACCUGCAGCAAUCGUAUUUGAGAUUGACACACUGCUGCACCACUUAGCUUUAGUCUCCUCUGAUGGUACAGUCAAAUCCACAGUGUCCUCCUUUUGUUUACAUUUCUAAUGGAGGGAGAGCCAUAUGGGGAGCUUUACUAGUAAACCCACAGUCAGUGUUGCCUGUAUAUACAUUUUUUUCUCUUUUUUUUCUUCUGUAUUGUAUAUUUAUAUCAUUUUGUUAUUGUAAAAAUUGUAACUAUAUUGUGAGAAUAAAAAUACUUCUUGUAGGGAAAA